CUCGAGUUCCGGAGUCGAGUCGCUGCCUGGGCCGGAGCGGAGAUGCAGCCGCCGCCCCGAAAAGUCUCCGCGCCUGGGGUCGUCAUCCUCUUUUUACUCCCACAGGUGAAGCCCGCCCAGGAGGUGAAGCUUCGCUUCCUGGAGCAGCUGAGCAUCCUGCAGACCCGGCAGCAGAGGGAGGCGGAUCUGCUGGAGGACAUCAGAUCCUACAGCAAGCAGAGGGCAGCCAUUGAACGGGAGUAUGGGCAGGCACUCCAGAAACUGGCUGGGCCAUACCUCAAGAGGGAAGGACACCGGAGUGGGGAGAUGGACAGCAGACCUUCUCUGGGGAGAGGCAGGAUGGUGUUUGGUGCCUGGCGCUGCCUGCUGGAUGCCACCAUGGCUGGGGGCCAAGCCCGGCUCCAGGCGUCUGACCGAUACCGGGACCUGGCCGGGGGCACAGGGCGGAGUGCCAAGGAGCAGGUGCUUAGGAAGGGAGCCGAGAACCUCCAGAGGGCACAGGCUGAGGUGCUAGAGUCUGUGCGGGAGCUGAGCCGAAGUCGGAAGCUGUACGGGCAGCGGGAACGUGUGUGGGCCUUGGCACAGGAGAAGGCGGCUGAUGUCCAGGCCAGGCUGAACCGAAGUGACCACGGCCUCUUUCACACUCGGACCAGUCUCCUGAAACUCAGCACCAAGCUGUCAGCCCAGUCGGCCCAGUACUCCCAGCAGCUGAGAGCGGCCCGCAAUGAGUACCUGCUCAACUUGGUGGCCACCAAUGCCCAUCUUGACCACUACUACCAGGAGGAACUGCCCGCCCUGCUCAAGGCCCUGGUCAGCGAGCUGUUGGAACACUUGAGGGACCCCCUGACCUCCCUGAGCCGCACUGAGCUGGAAGCUGCUGAGAUGGCCCUGGAGCAUGCCCGCCGUGGGGGCCAGGCGACCUCCCAGGUGAGCUGGGAGCAGGACCUGGAGCUCUUUCUUCAGGAGCCUGGAGUAUUUUCCCCCAGCCCACCUCAGCAGUUCCAGCCAGCAGGCAGUGAUCAGGUGUGUGUCCUGGAGCUGGAAGGGGGCGCAGGAGGCGAGGCUGGGGAGAGCGGCCUGGAGAAAGAGGUUCAACGCUGGACCAGCCGAGCUGCCCGAGACUACAAGAUCCAGAACCACGGGCGUCGGGUGCUGCAGCGGCUGGAGCAGAGGCGGCAGCAGGCUUCUGAGCGGGAGGCCCCAGGCAUCGAACAGCGGCUGCAGGAAGUACGGGAGAGCAUCCGCCGGGCACAGGUGAGCCAGGUGAAGGGCGCUGCCCGCCUGGCCCUGCUGCAGGGCGCUGGCCUGGAUGUGCAGCACUGGCUGAAGCCAGCCAUGACCCGGGCCCAGGAUGAGGUGGAGCAGGAGCGACGGCUCAGCGAGGCCCGGCUGUCCCAGAGGGACCUCUCUCCCACGACAGAGGACGCGGAGCUCUCUGACUUUGAGGAGUGCGAGGAGACUGGGGAGCUCUUUGCGGAGCCUGCCCCCCCAGCCCUGGCCACCAGGCCCCUCCCCUGCCCUGCACAUGUGGUGUUCGGCUAUCAGGCAGGACGUGAGGAUGAGCUGACCAUCACGGAGGGCGAGUGGCUGGAGGUCGUAGAGGAGGGAGAUGCCGACGAGUGGGUCAAGGCUCGGAACCAGCACGGUGAGGUGGGCUUUGUCCCGGAGCGGUACCUCAACUUCCCGGACCUCUCCUUCCCUGAGAGCGGCCGCGACAGCGACGAUCCCCUGGGGGCAGAGCCCACAGCGUUCCUGGCUCGUGCCUUGUACAGCUACACGGGACAGAGCGCAGAGGAGCUGAGCUUCCCCGAGGGGGCUCUCAUCCGCCUGCUGCCCCGCGCCCAGGAUGGAGUGGAUGACGGCUUCUGGAGGGGAGAAUUUGGGGGCCAUGUGGGGGUCUUCCCCUCUCUGCUGGUGGAGGAGCUGCUUGGCCCCCCAGGGCCAUCCGAACUCUCGGACCCUGAGCAGGUGCCGCCGUCCCCUUCCCCGCCCAGCUUCUCCCCUCCUGCACCCACCUCUGCCGUGGAUGGGUCCCCUGCACCUGUCUUGCCGGGGGACCACGACCUGGACUGCCCUGCACCCCAGGACAUGGUGGCACCUCGACUCAGGCCGAUGCGUCCACCGCCUCCCCCGCCAGCUAAAGCCCCGGAUCCUGGCCACCCGGGUUCCCUCACCUGAAGCCAGGGGGAAUCACUGUCCCUACAGUGACGCUGGUGGCCCUAUCUCCGUGCCAUCAGAGACACCCUCCCCGCCGCCACCAAUGAUCCAGAGCACCACAGUGGAAAGCCAGACUCUCCCCGAUUUCCAUUCUCACCUUCAGGGGUCGACGCGUCCCCUUCCUCCAUUUCUGAGGCUGGGACCCACUCCUUCCCCCCGUCACCUUCCUGCCAUCUCGAGGGCUGGACCUACCCUUUCUCUUCUGCCACCGCCCCAUGCCUAGGGUGAAAUACCCUGGAAUCUCUGGGGCUGGAGCUCAUCCCCCAAAGUCUGGAGUAGCUCUGGCUCAUUCAUGUCUCCGCCCUGGUUCUGGGAGCCACCCCACUCCAGAUGCCUGAGCCGCUGGGAUGGGGGCAGUCCUGUCACAAGGAGCUGGAGCCAGUAUGCACAGCAGCUGUAAUGGUCUGAGCGGAUUUAUUGACAGUGAAUAAAGGGCAGGAAGCCCAAGCCAGGCCUGGGCCUCUUGUGCCAAGACA